GCGUUGCCACGGCAACGACUAUCGCGUCUACCAGUGUCUGAAAAAAAAAAAAAAAAAACAUGUCCGCGGAGGCAACACGUCAUGAAAAGAGAGAGCAACCAAAAGCAAAGGACAAAAAGCUACAGAGGAAAGCCUCUUUCUCCAGUGGGAAAUGAUGCCAAACCAACAAAUCCAAGAGCUGCUAAAGAAAACUAUGGACGAACUUCAGACUGAAAUCACUGCGAUUCUGGGCUUGAGGAAUCAUCAGAUCUGUAUGAAGGAAGCUGCCCUGCUGGAUUAUUAUGUCUAUGGCUUCUGGUGGGCAAAAGAGGCCAACUUCACCCCCAUGAAGAUCUCCUUCACCAUGGCUGUACUGCACAUGCUGCUGGAUAACAUAAGAGAGAAACAGAUGGUUUUAGUGAAGAACUUGAUGGAGUUUGCUAAGGCCUUAGGUGCUGCCUGCCAGUGGUCGACUUUAAAGGAAGACAGCCCUCCACUUCUAGACAGAGAAGAAGCCACAUCACUCAUAACUUACAUUAGAACCAGUCUGUUUCAGAAAUACAGACUCUACGAGCUUCUGUUCACCACAUCCAGAGAGGAGCUACUGACCGGCAUGGAGCCAAACAUGCUGCUUUCCAGAGGACCAUUGAGGUGUCCAGCGGUCUCACUCCCCUGGAGGAAGGUGUUUCCACUCACCUCUCCUUCCACUAAACGCCUCUGCCUGUUAUCCAGAGAAACGAACAGGUGAUGAUGGAUGGAGGGAUAGCAUCAGUGUGAGUGUCCAUCAGUCCAUAGUAGGGUGGUGUCUGUCUGUGGAGUCAAACGGUACAAGCAGUCCACAUAUCAUCUUUGUCCUUACUUUUGCUUUGUUUCUGUUCCUUUCACACAGUGUUGUUAGACAGAUAAAUGCAUUGAUCAUUUAUUAUGAACUAAGUUUUUAGCUCCAGUGGAACAACUAAUCUCUGUUUAAACUAACACAACCAUACUUGGUUGAGGGGGGGGGGAAGAUGAAAAAUAAUUAAAUAAAUAAGCCCUUAUGGUUGUACUAACAUUUCCUGUGAAAAUCAAUAAAAACAAAUUAAAAAAGAGCAAGAGAAAGAAUUUCAGACGUGAUUUACAAUCUGUAAAUAAUGUAUAAGCUUAUAUUCCAGUCUUAUAUGGAAUAUAAACUUGAUACUACUAUAUUAUUACUAUUGCAUUUCUUAUACAGUAGUGUUGCCAAAGUGUACUGGCAUUUCAAUAGUGUGUAGUCAUUUUGGCAAUAAGGUUUUAGCUGAACCUUAAAUUGGGAAAAAUAGAAAAGAUAUGUUAUAAUUUCUAAAAUACCCUCACUCAGUUAUCGUAAAUCGAGUCAUUAUUAAUAUUGAACACAUUACACUUAUUGUGUGCUUUUUACUUGUUGUCCCUAGUGAUUUACUGUUUUCUCUGGGUGCUUUCAGCCUUCCAUUCAGCAGGAUAUUUCUGUUUGAGCCCGUCCCAGAUUGCCGUGCUGUUCCAGUUAGCAUCCUUUCUCUCUCUCACUUAGUUAUCUGUGGUAAUAAUAAUCACUACAUGUUUUAUUUAGGACGCUUUUAUCGAGGCAAAAUCUCAAACAGCUAAAAGGUCGGGCGGUUUA